AUGGCAGCCGGGACGGCAGUCGGCUGUCCGUCCCACUAUGUGGUCCUCGGCCUCCAGCCGCACAUGCUGAACGACAGAGGUAGCACGAGCGCCCAGACAAAGGCAGCGGGAGCUUCUGUUGCCAUAGUCCGGCAGGCGUACCGCCGCUCCCUGCUGCGCCACCACCCCGACAGGCGGUCGGCAGCACGACCGACCCAGGGCAGCAGUGCCUUUACGGUCGACCAGAUCACCGAGGCAUGGGCCGUGCUGUCGGACCCGGCACGGCGAUGGGCAUACGACCGCGAGCUGGAGGCGGCGAGGCACGGCAUUGCCAUCGCCAUCGGGGGUGCCGGUAAGAAGAACGAUGGCGGCACCGGCACCAUGACCGGCAUGGAGGCCGUCGAUCUGGACGACCUCGCCUUUGACGACGCGGCCGGCCAGUGGUUUCGCGGCUGUCGGUGUGGCAACGAGCGAGGGUUCGUCUUCGGCGAGGCCGACCUGGAAGAAGAGGCGGCCGCGGCCGAGGCAGAGUCUGCAGCAGGAGGCUUAGGGCUGUCGGCCUCGACCCAGACUACGGCGGCCGAACUGCUGGUCGGGUGUCAGGACUGCAGCCUGUGGCUGUGGGUGCACUUUGCCGUCGUCACAGACGACGACACCGAAGGCUAG